AGAAGAAACGUUUACCGGUUCCUCUUUCUUCUCGAGUAAGGGAAGAAAAUCCCGAGGCUAAUUUACCAAAAAACCCUUCCCACAAUUCCUAAACCCAAAAACAGAACCUUCACCCAUUGCUAUGGCGUAGUUGAAUUCCAGUUCCCAAUUCCAAUUUCCACACCGUUUCUCAGAACCAAUCCACUCUCACAAACCAUUUCAGAACCAAACCAUUUCAUCAACCCGAUUUCCAUUCAAUGGCGACGAGAAACCGAACUUCAGAGUUCAGAAAGUACAGAGACACCGUCAAAAGCUUACGCACUCCUCUUUCUUCAUCAGCUUCCGCUUCUUCCGGUGGUCCUGUCAUCGAAAUGGUUAACAGUUCGCUUCUUCGUUCCAAUAACGGAUCUUCUUAUACUCCUCUCAGUACGCAAGACCCUGGUCCAUCCUCCUCUAGUGAUGCGUUUACUGCGGGUAUGCCGCCAGAUUGGGUGGAUGAUUCUGAAGAAAUAGCUACGAAUAUACAACGGGCGAAGGUUAAAAUGUCUGAGUUAACUAAAGCUCAUGCAAAGGCUUUAAUGCCUUCUUUUGGCGAUGGUAAAGACGAUCAGCGGCAGAUUGAGACUCUAACUCGGGAAAUUACGGCUCUCAUUAGAAAGUCUGAAGUGAGGCUGAAAAAACUCUCUGCUGGUAGAGGAUCUUCUGAGGAAUCUAAUGUCAGAAAAAAUGUGCAGCGUUCACUUGCUACAGACCUUCAGAGCCUGUCAAUGGACCUCCGGAGGAAGCAGUCAGCAUAUUUGAAACGUUUGCAGAAACAACAAGAGGGUUAUGAUGGGAUUGACUUGGAGAUUAACUUUAACGGGAGUAAAUCUGGAUUGCAGGAUGAUGAAUUUGAUGAUGUGGGUUUUAGCGAAGCGCAAAUGACAAAGCUAAAGAAAAACGAGCACAUCUCAGCGGAAAGAGAAAGAGAAAUUGAUCAGGUCGCUAGUUCCGUCCACGAACUUGCUCAGAUCAUGAAGGAUCUCUCUGUCCUUGUUAUAGACCAGGGAACAAUUGUAGAUAGAAUCGACUACAACAUUCAGAGUGUUGCUACAACUGUCGAGGAGGGCUUUAAGCAGUUACAAAAGGCGGAAAGAACACAGAAAAAAGGAGGGAUGAUUACAUGUGCAACCGUGCUUGUUAUAAUGUGCUUUGUCAUGCUAGUUCUGUUGAUAAUCAAGGAGAUAAUUUUCUAGCCACAAUAAUUACCCGCAUUACAUUCCAUCUUACAUUAGAGCUAAUUCAUUUUCCUGGCGUCGAUGUAAAUCAAAUCGGCUUCUGGUUGAAGACUGUUAGGUUCAGCGCUUCAAGUACUGGAAUCCCUAGGGCCCCUUACAAAAAAUAGCCAUUAUUGAAUUUCAAUGGUAACAGGGGAUGACAAUGUACCAAACUACUUCUUGCAAACAUAUAAUGUACCCACAAAAUAGAUUGUUGCAUUUUAGGUGCCUGAGAUUUUAUAGAUACAUUUGUACAUAAUUUAGUUUUAUCAUACCAAGUAAAUUGCAAUU